AUGUCUCCACAUGCAGCAGACUUCGUUCGACCCCUCGAUUACACAGGAUCCGUCGCGAACCUCAACACCACCACACUUUAUUUUAGCCGUCUAGUUCUCGGCAUCCAGCUUGUCCUUGCCGGUGUCCAAUUGCCCUCUCGCUACCUCAAAUUAGAAUGGAAAGCCCUGUCCCUCCUGCUAGGUCCUAUUAUGAGUGUAAUGUGGCUUGCAAGUUCAUUGUUGGUUUGGGGAAUGGUUCCCAAUCUUUCAUUCUUGCACGCCUUAGCCGUUGGAGCUUGUGUUACGCCUACUGAUCCGGUUUUGAGUAAUAGUAUUGUGAAGGGAAAAUUUGCCGAUAAGAAUAUUCCCAAGGAGUUGCAAAAGAUUAUUGUGGCGGAGAGUGGUGCGAAUGAUGGACUGGGAUACCCAUAUCUGUUUUUGGCUUUGUAUUUGAUAAAGUAUACUGGACUUGGUGGAGCUGGUCAAACUGGAGGUGCUUCUAAAGCUAUUGGACUCUGGUUUGGAGAAACAUGGGCUUAUACCAUCAUACUCAGUGUCAUCUAUGGAGCUACUGUUGGCUGGAUAGCCAAAGAACUACUUCAUUGGGCCGAAGAAAAGAAAUUCGUGGACAGAGAAAGUUUCCUCGUAUUCGCUAUCACCUUGGCUUUAUUCAUAGUGGGCACCUGUGGCAUGAUUGGUAGUGAUGAUGUUUUGGCAUGUUUCAUUGCUGGAAAUGUCUUUACUUGGGAUGAUUGGUUUCGUCUUGAGACAUUAGAUGAUUCGCUUCAACCUACUAUUGAUAUGUUACUAAAUCUGAGUAUCUUUAUAUGGUUUGGGGCUAUUUGUCCUUGGACUUUAUUUGCUACUAAUAAUGUUAUUCCAAUUUAUCGAUUGAUAUUUCUGGGCAUUUUGAUAUUACUUUUCAGACGUCUACCAAUUGUCUUUGCAUUGCAUAAAUUUAUACAUCAAAUUGAGGAAAAACGGCAAGCUAUUUUCGUCGGGUUCUUUGGACCAAUCGGAGUUAGCGCUAUCUUCUAUCUUUACAUCUCACUAGAAUUCCUUGAAACUAUCACAGUAGAUGGUGUUCAACGCGAAGAUGCAGAACAUCUAGCAGAAGUUAUCACAGUUGUCGUUUGGUUCUUGACAAUUUGUAGUAUUGUAGUCCAUGGACUUUCAAUACCAUUAGGCAAACUAGGCUUCUUCCUACCAAGGACACUCAGUAGAGCAUUCACAAGCCAGACAAAUAGUCAAACCACUUUGGCCAUUGGAGCUAGGGUUUAUAGUUCAAAUGCGGGAGUGCUAAGAGAGAGGAGAAGAGGAAAUGCUGGUGCAGAUGGGAGUGGAAGUGGAACCGCAAAUGGAAGUGUAGUAGGAAGUGGAAGUUCCGGACCAGCUUUGAGUUCGGGAACGAGCUCAAGACCUAUUUAUAGGAUUGGUGGGAGUGUUAUUCGUUCGGGGGCUGCGGCGACUGGAGUGGGUAGUGGAACGGAGGUUGCGGAUGGGAGUCCUAUUGGUAUGGUUGAUGGGGUGGUAGAGGGGAGGACGAUUAGGUUUCCGGAUGAGGAGGUGCAUGCUGUUGGGGGUGUGACGGGGAGGGAUUCGGAGGUUUAG